AUGUCGGAUGACGGAAUAUCGCCGGCGCAAUCCCAAACACUCUCCGCAUCCCAGUCGCGUUCCUCCAACAAACAGCUCCAACAGGCCUACAAGCAAGCCUCGCAGCUAUUCCUUACCCGCAGAUUGCAAGAAGCGCUCUCGGUAGUCGAACCAUUGGUGACCCCUUCUACACCAGAAGAGCUUCAACGCGACCAAGCACACAGCAAUGGCGCUGGAGAUGCCAUUGCGCCCAUAGCCUCAGCCUCAAGCAAUUUGCGGAUCAAGGUGUGGAAUCUCUAUAUAACUCUCCUAAGCUCUAUUGUCGAUUUGGGCCCGGAAGAGGGAAAGCGGCAAAUUGGACAAAAGGAGUGGAAAACGUUGGCUUCCAAAGUUCGUGAGGGCGAGAUAUGGAACAGCGUUGUCCAAGACGGAUAUAGAGGUUGGGAAGGUUCCGUAGACGCAGACGUUGUCUAUAAUUUGUCCGUAUCCUCCGUUUUUCCUACUACCGUCUCAAUAAUGGGAGUAACUGGCUUGCUAAUCAGACUCAAUCACAGAGCCACUCUAUUGCUCAACCAUUCUCCAACGCAGACGCUUAACCAAGAACGCCUUGAGCACUAUUUAUCAUCAUCCGGCCUUCCAGACUUCGAUAUCGAGGCGCACAUCCAGAAGUCAUCCCCCACAAGCCGAAAACAAAGGAUAGCAUCCUCCAGGGGCGCAGAUACUCCAAAGGACCUGACGAUCCGCGUGAGAUUAGUAGAACUAUUUACCCUCCAUGUUCUUCCACGAAAUGGCGAAUGGGAGUACGCUAGAGAGUUCAUAAGGUUAAAUCCGGUUCUAGAUGAGGAGAAGAAGGAGACCUUUCUCCAAACACUUGAUGGUUUACAGGAAGCAAAGGAACGAGAUUCCGAGCGCGCCGCAGAGCUCCAGAAAGAAAAGGAGGAGGAACUGGAAAGACAGCGAAAGCAACAGGAAGAGGAAGAGGAAGCACGGCGGAAACUGGAAGAGCAGCAACAACGAGCAGCCGAGGCGUCCGCAGCUGCCAAAUCAGCUGCUGGAAAUCCAUCGAUCGGCCAUAGGCGCAUAAGUAGCGAAGUUGAUUACGGUAUCGAGCAAUCCAAUCCGAACGGCAGCCUUAAAACUCCAGGCAUCACAAAACCAGCCAUCAAACCAACUUCACGUUCCGAGUCUUCCAAACAGAUAAAGAAAUCUGAGAAGCCUAAACCCGGUGCUCUCAGGCAGGUCCGCCACUUAGGCCAUCUACUUGUUGCAUGUCUACAACGCAUGGCAAAAUCGAUGUCGUCUAGCCCCAUGUCAUUUCUGAGAACGAUCUUGCUUAUGAUCGGUGUAAUAAUGGCGUUGGGGCGCCCGGAUACGCGUGAACGGCUUCGACGGAUUACUGGUUCUGGUUGGGAGAAGAUAAGAGCAACUUUGGGAAUGGGCGUUAAGAACCAUACGUGGGGCAUCGUUGCUAUUGACUUUUAA